UCUCUGUGCUCUGUAGGUCUCUGCUCCACCUCCAGGCUGCGUCCUCAGACACAACAUAGUUCAGCAGGAAAAGAACAGGACAGCAGUUCUGCAAAGAGCCAGGAAACCACAGCUCCAAGUCUCUCAACAGCUCUGCUCCAGCAUUCCACCAGCUAGAAUCAUGUCAGGGAGUGAACGUGGAGAUUAGCAAGGAAGGGUCCCGCCACAAUCGUCUCCUGGAGCUGGGAAUGGGGCUGCCCUCUUCUGAGUCUCGAAAUGGCGGAGAGGAGCAGAGCAGCGUUGUAAUCGUCACCAGCAAGAAGAGGCAGACCGGGACCUGCUGGAGUAACUGGUACCAGAUCCCAGGAAGGCCAAGAGUCCCUUAACAUCCCCAGGAAUGGGACAGAGUGACAUCAUAUACCUCCCGAUAUGAUACCCUUAAAUGAACCCAGCAUCGCCUUUGGGGUACCCCAGCCAAGCCUGUACAGCAUAAAUCAUCAUGAGGAAACAUCAGACAAACCUGAAAUGAGUGUGCCGGUCCAACAAAAGCCCCUGGGUCUGUCUGACUUGUUCAAGUGUCCACUGUGGAAGUUGUCUCCUAGUGCUCUACAACCAAAAUCUGGAAGGUCAUAUGUCAACAAAAAGACCUGACAAACUCUCAAAAAUUGGAGAGAUUAAGAUUCUUAAUAGCAAGCAACACAUAGUUCUCUAAGUAUGUGAAUGGCCAUGCAAAAAAACAUUAUGAAGAUGCACAAAUACCCUUAACCAACCAUAAGAAAUCAGAAAAGCAAGAAAAAGCACAGCACACGGUGUGUAUGGAUUGCAGUAGCUACAGUACAUACUGUUAUCGCUGUGAUGAUUUUGUGGUUAAUGACACCAAGCUGGGACUGGUACAGAAAGUCAGAGAACACUUACAGAACUUGGAAAACUCGUCUUUCACAGCUGACAGGCAUAGGAAAAGAAAACUUUUGGAAAACUCAUCACUGAACAGCAAGUUACUAAAAGUAAAUGGCAGCACCACUGCUAUUUGUGCCACGGGCCUUCGGAAUUUGGGGAAUACGUGUUUCAUGAAUGCCAUCCUUCAGUCGCUCAGUAACAUUGAGCAGUUUUGCUGUUAUUUCAAAGAGCUGCCUGCUGUGGAAUUACGGAAUGGGAAGACAGCAGGACGGCGAACAUACCACACCAGGAGCCAGGGGGAUAACAACGUGUCUUUGGUGGAAGAAUUUAGAAAGACACUCUGUGCUUUAUGGCAAGGUAGCCAGACUGCAUUUAGCCCAGAGUCCUUGUUUUAUGUUGUUUGGAAGAUUAUGCCCAAUUUUAGGGGCUACCAGCAGCAGGAUGCCCAUGAGUUCAUGCGCUACCUGUUAGACCACCUGCACUUGGAACUCCAGGGUGGUUUCAACGGUAUUUCCCGCUCAUCAAUUCUGCAAGAGAAUUCUACUCUGUCUGCAAGUAACAAAUGUUGCAUAAAUGGAGCAUCUACAGUUGUCACGGCUAUAUUCGGAGGCAUUCUCCAAAAUGAGGUUAACUGUCUCAUAUGUGGGACAGAAUCUAGAAAGUUUGAUCCAUUCCUAGACCUUUCAUUAGAUAUUCCAAGUCAGUUCAGAAAUAAGCGCUCUAAGAAUCAAGAAAAUGGACCAACUUGUUCAUUACGAGAUUGUCUUCGCAGUUUUACUGACUUAGAAGAACUUGAUGAGACAGAGUUAUAUAUGUGCCACAAGUGCAAGAAGAAACAAAAGUCCACUAAAAAGUUUUGGAUUCAAAAACUACCCAAGGUGCUAUGCUUACAUUUGAAAAGAUUUCAUUGGACAGCAUAUUUAAGAAACAAAGUUGAUACAUAUGUAGAAUUUCCCCUGCGAGGCCUAGACAUGAAAUGCUACUUACUAGAGCCCGAGAACAGUGGCCCAGAGAACUGCCUGUACGACCUCGCUGCUGUGGUGGUGCACCAUGGCUCUGGGGUGGGUUCUGGACAUUACACAGCAUACGCAACUCACGAAGGUCGCUGGUUCCAUUUCAAUGACAGCACUGUAACUCUGACUGAGGAAGACACCGUGGUGAAGGCCAAGGCCUACAUCCUUUUUUAUGUGGAACGCCAGGCCAAAGCUGGAUCGGACAAACUUUAAUACCUCGUCCAAAUCAUUAUUCGUCAACUAUACCAGACAGACAUUUCCAAUUUUCCAUAAAUACUUGAUCCGAGAUUUAAUUUCAUUAUGCACUUUUCAGUUUCCUAUUUUGGGUUUAGUUUUAUUUUGUCAAUGGUAGUGACUUAUUGAACAUGGGCACCAACUAAUUUUUUUUUUUUUUUUAGUUCUACCAGAAAACCUCAGCAGAUAUUUUGAUUUGCUGCUUUAGUUGUAAUAAUUCAGUUUUUAUAUGUAGUUUCAAGAACUUAGUUCUAUUUGACUUUUUUGUAUUAAUGUUCAGUUCUCACUUUGAGGCACAUUUACAUCAAUGCUUUGUUACUCUCAUAUGCUGAAAGCGAGAGGUGUUCCCCAUUGUGAAGAGCGAUGUAACCACCUGCUGCCUUCUCACUGAUCCAAUGGAGAUCAGGUUGGCUCUAAACCAAGUGUCAUGUGUGCACGUAAAUUUGUGGCUCAUGAGAGUUCAGUGACUACUGAGCAUCAUUCUUUCUGCUUGUAAAAGAGAACAGGAAGGGCAUCAUUAAACAGACCAGGUGACUGCUGCUCUUGGCAUCUCUCAAAGGUGCUGUUUAUCAGCACUAACUAAAUAAAUCGGUUGAUUCAGUUGUA